AUGGAUACGAUAAUAGAAACGACAAGAGGAACUGUAAAAGUAAUAAGGUUCAAUAAACCUCAAAAGAAAAACGCUAUAGAUGGGGACAUGUAUCUACGAGUUACAAAAAUACUUAACACCGCGGCAUCUGACGAUGAAGUCAGCAUGGUGGUCCUCACUGGCACUGGCGACUUUUAUAGCAGCGGCAAUGACUAUUCCGUCUCGAGGCCCGAGGGGGCAUGGCUACAGAUUCUGGGAGACUUUAUUAAAGCCUUCAUAACUUUUCCCAAGUUACUAAUCGCGAUAGUCAACGGACCUGCCAUCGGAAUUGCGGCUACCACUUUAGCUCUAUGCGAUAUGGUUUUCGCUUCGGAAAAUGCCUAUUUCUACACACCAUUUUCGAAAUUACAAAUAACAGCUGAGGGCGGUUCCACGCUCACUUUUCCGAGAUUAAUCGGCCAAAGGAAGGCUGCCGAAAUGCUCCUUUUCAAUCACAAAAUGACGGCGAAAGAAGGUUUAGAAAGUGGAUUCAUCAAUCGUGUUUACAAGCCCGAAGAAUUGCAAAGCAAAGCUUGGGAAAAGAUACAGGAGAUACUGAAAUCAUUUAAUAAAAUGAUACCCAUGUCGACGAAAUGCAUACGGGAUGGAGUUUGGAAUUCAGAUUUACCAGUGUCGAGCCUGGUCAAAGGGGAUAUAGUGCACAUCAAAGCCGGUGACGUGAUUCCAGCGGAUAUUCGAAUAAUAGAAAGCAAAGGUGUUGUUCUAUGCUGUGGAGAUUUGACCGCGCUAGGUAGGGUUGCUGGUUUGGCAGCCCGUUUGCAGCCUGAACCAUCGCCCCUCGCCCGGGAGAUCCGACGCUUUAUGCGCUAUAUGUCUAUUUGGGCGUUAUCCCUUGGAGUGAUUAUAGCAACUGCUUCAAUAAUUCUCGGUUACCCUUUCAUCCAGACCACUAUAUUUGUGAUAGGCAUGAUAGUCGCCAAUAUUCCUGAAGGAUUGCAGCCAACGAUCACGGCGUCCCUGACAUUGACCGCUCAACGGAUGGUAAAGAAAAACUGUCUCGUAAAGAAUCUUGAAGCAAUUGAAGCUUUAGGAGCCGUUACGACAAUAUGCUCGGAUAAAACCGGGACCCUCACUAAAAAUAAAAUGUGUGUCCGCCAUAUUUGGAUUUGGGAUCGGAAGUAUUCGGUUGCAGAUCCGGAUUUUGAAAGUACAUUACAAGUAAACCAAGCUUUAAAAGCCAUAAAAAUAUGUGGAGCACUAUGCAGUACAGCAGUAAUUUUACCAAAUGGCGAUAUACAGGGCGAUGCGUCUGAAACGGCCAUUUUGAAUUUUCUCUGCGCUUACGAUGAUCCGGUUACAGCUAGCGUACAUUUAAAUAAAAGGCUAUCUAGAUACGUAGUCGUGAUAAAAGGUGCACCAGAAUGCAUACUAUCACGAUGCACAGCAGUUGUCAUGGAAAAUGGUAAUGUUAAUAUUACCAACGAAGUGAAGAAGGCUGCAGACAAUGCCACUGAAGAUCUUGCAAACACUGGUGAAAGAGUAUUGGCAUUCGCCGACCUUAUACUUGAUCCAAAGGAGUUUCCAAUGAGUUUCGACUUUGAUACUGAAGAAAUAAAUUUUCCCUUAGAGGGUCUCCGGUUAAUCGGAAUAAUAGGAUUAAAAGAUCCACCACGUGAUGAGGUUCGACAAGCAAUUGAGCGUGUGCGUGCAGCUGGUAUACGAGUCAUGAUGGUAACUGGGGACCAUCCUGCAACAGCACGGGCCGUAGCAAUAGAGGUUGGCAUUGCCACCACUGCAGCCUGCCAUGUGAUAACUGGCAAUGAUCUAAGAAAUAUGACAUCCGAUUUACUAUAUCUGACUCUUGAGAAGCAUCACGAAAUAGUGUUUGCUCGAACCUCCCCAACUCAGAAGCUUCAAAUAGUGGAAGCUUGUCAGAGACAAGGCAGUGUUGUUGCGGUUACCGGCGACGGUGUUAAUGACGCACCCGCUUUGAGACGAGCUGAUAUUGGUAUAUCCAUGGGAAUAACGGGAUCACAGGUGUCAAAGCAAACUGCGGAUAUAAUCCUAAUGGAUGACAAUUUCGCGACAAUAGUAUUAGGAAUUGAAGAGGGUCGGAAAAUAUUCGACAACUUGAAGAAGUCCGUGUGCUACAUUUUAAUAUCGAACGUGCCAGAAGUUUUACCAGUUUUCAUGUUUAUCUUGUUUUCCAUACCCUUACCCUUAGGUGUCAUGACAAUCUUGUGCAUAGACCUCGGGACUGAUAUGUGGCCCGCCGUGUCCCUGUCAUACGAAAAGGCGGAAGCCGACGUGAUGGAGCGGCCACCGAGACAUGGCGAUCCGCUCGUCUCCGCGCGCAUGCUGCGACUUGUUUACGGGCAUCUCGGUCUCAUUGAAUUCGCAGCCGGCAUGUACGCUUACUUCACUGUCAUGGCGGAACACGGAUUCUACCCUGCAGAUCUAUUUGGUAUCAGAGAGCGUUGGGACAAUGAGGCAGUAAACGACGUACGGGAUUCUCUGGGACAAGAGUGGACAUAUGCAGAAAGAAAAGAGUUAGAGCGAGCAUGUCAAGCGACGUACUUUAUCGCCGUAGUUAUUACGCAAAUGAUGAACGGUGUGAUAUGCAAAACCAGGUUUAAUUCCAUCCGCGACGUUGGAAUGAAAAAUCAUGUAUUGAAUAUAGGGUUAUUGUUUGAAUUAGUCCUGGCUUACGGACUUUGCUACUUACCUGGGAUUAACAACUUCUUUUGCACGUAUCCCUUGCGAUUACAGUGGUUGUUUUUAGCUAUACCAUUUUCUGCUCUGCUGUUGGCUUUUGGCGAAUUUCGAAAAUAUUGCAUACGAAAAAAGCUUUUUGGAGGUUGGUACAAUGAAAUGACGUUCUAU